GCCUUAUCCUGCGCACCCAGAGAACGAAAGUAAAAAAAGCUUCUGCAGCUCUGACUUGGAUACUACUAAACACACUGUUUACUGAACCUUCUCCGUGCCUCAGGUACGGUUACGUCAGUUUCAACAUGUACAUUAAGCAGGUUGUGAUUGAAGGUUUUAAGAGUUACAAAGAGCAAAUUGCAACAGAGCCUUUCAGUCCUAAAGUUAAUUGUGUUGUUGGUGCUAAUGGAUCCGGGAAGUCAAACUUUUUCCAUGCCAUUCGUUUUGUGUUGAGUGAUCUCUAUCAGAACCUACGCAAUGAGGAUCGACAUUCAUUACUCCAUGAAGGGGCUGGGCACCAGGUUGUAUCUGCGUUUGUGGAGAUUGUGUUUGACAAUUCAGACAACCGUAUUCCGGUUGACAAGGAGGAAGUGCGUUUGCGCCGGACUAUUGGUUUGAAGAAGGAUGAGUAUUUUUUAGAUGGAAAACACAUAACAAAAACUGAAGUGAUGAAUUUACUGGAAAGUGCUGGGUUCUCUCGCUCAAAUCCUUACUAUGUUGUGCAGCAAGGAAAGAUAUCAUCACUAACAUUGAUGAAAGACUCAGAACGACUGGAUUUAUUGAAAGAAAUUGGUGGUACUAGAGUUUAUGAGGAGCGGCGUCGUGAAAGUCUGAAAAUUAUGCAGGAAACUGGUAAUAAAAGAAAGCAAAUAAUUCAAGUUGUACAGUAUCUAGAUGAGAGGUUGAAGGAAUUGGAUGAGGAGAAAGAGGAACUACGGAAAUAUCAGCAGCUUGACAAGCAGAGAAAAUCUUUGGAAUAUGCUAUUUAUAGCAAAGAAGUUCAAGAUGCUCAACAAAAACUUAUGGAGAUAGAAGAAGCCCGAGCCAAGGUUUCUGAAACAUCUGCAAAAAAGUAUAAUGACGUGCUUGAUGCCCAUGAGAAAAUCAAAGAUUUAGAGAAUACAUUGAAAGAUGUUGCAAAAGAACUUCAAAACUCUAACAAAGAGAAAGAAAGUAUAGAAAAGAGACGAACAAAGGCUUUAAAGAAGCACACAGAGCUUGAGCUUGAUGUCAAGGACCUACAAGAGAAGAUUGCUGGAAAUAUUCGAGCAAAGGAAGAUGCUGCAAGACAACUGAAGAUACUUGAGAAGAACAUUCAAGAUUCAAAUGAUGAGCUGGAGAAAAUCAGACCUAAAUAUGAGGAACAAGUUAUGGAAGAAAAAGAAAUCACCAAGCGAAUAAUGGAGCGUGAGAAACAGCUCAGUAUACUCUACCAAAAGCAAGGGCGUGCAACCCAGUUUCCAAGUAAAGCUGCUCGUGACAAGUGGCUUCGCAAGGAGAUAGAAGAUCUUGAACGAGUGCUUUCCUCAAACUCAGGGCAGGAAAAAAUGCUCUUGGAGGAAAUUGGUCGUCUUAAAGGUGAACUGGAUGGCUGUGAUGAGACCAUUGAGAAAUGUAGAUCUCAGAUUACUACUUUGCAAUCUCACAUUGACCAGUCACGGCAAGGGUUUAAUAAAUAUAAAGUUCAAAGAGAUAAGUUGCAGGAUAAGAGGAAGUCCUUAUGGGACAAAGAAAAUACACUUACUGCUGAAAUUGAUAAGCUGAGAGCUGAAGUUGAGAAGGCUGAAAAGAGCCUUGAUCACGCAAUUCCCGGUGAUGUCAGAAGGGGGAUGAACUCAGUUCGGAAAAUCUGCAGGGAGUAUAACAUUUCUGGUGUUUAUGGUCCUAUCAUUGAGUUGCUGAGUUGUGAGGAGAAAUUCUUCACAGCAGUUGAAGUUACUGCAGGAAACAGCUUAUUCCAUGUGGUUGUUGAAAAUGAUGACACGUCAACCCAGAUAAUUAGACAUCUUAACGCACAUAAAGGUGGACGAGUUACAUUUAUCCCACUUAACAGAGUGAGGGCACCACGCAUUACUUAUCCCCAGAGUUCUGAUGUCAUCCCCCUCUUAAAGAAAUUGAAUUUUAAACAUGACUAUAACCCUGCAUUCAGUCAGGUAUUUGCCCGAACGGUUGUGUGCAAGAAUUUGGAUGUGGCUUCAAGGGUUGCCAGGACUGAUGGUCUUGACUGCAUAACACUGGAUGGUGAUCAAGUUAGCAAGAAAGGUAGUAUGACGGGAGGAUUUUAUGAUCACAGACGAUCAAAAUUGAAGUUUAUGAAUAUCAUUAAGCAAAAUGAAGAUGAAAUUCACUCAAAAGAGGAGGAAUUGAUGAAAGUUAGAUCUGACCUGCAAGAGAUAGACCAAAAGAUCACUGAACUUGUUUCCGAGCAGCAGAAGAUUGAGGCUGAGUGUGCUCAUGGAAAAUCAGAAAUGGAACAAUUUAAGCAGGACAUUGCAAAUGCUAACAAGCAGAAGCAAUUGAUUUCUAAGGCACUUUCAAAAAAGGAAAAGUCACUUCUUGAUGUCCAGAAUCAAAUUGAACAGCUUAAGGCUAGUAUGGCAAUGAAAACAGCCGAGAUGGGCACGGAACUAAUUGACCAUUUAACACCAGAGGAAAAGAAGCUUUUGUCUGAUUUGAAUCCCGAAAUCAAGGAGCUUAAAGAGCAGCUUGUUGCAUGCAAGACUGAUCGUAUCGAGACGGAAGCACGGAAAGCGGAGUUGGAAACUAAUCUAACAACAAACCUGAGGAGAAGAAAGCAAGAGUUGGAAGCUGUAAUAUCAUCUGCUGAUGAUGACACUCUGGGUGUAGAUGCUGGAUUGAAGGCGCAGGAACUUAGUGAUGCUAAAUUGUUAGUUGAUGAAGCAACGGAGCAGCUUAGAAGAGUCUCUAAUAGUAUAAGUGCACGAUCAAAGGAAAUUAAACAGAUCAAAGAAGAAAUCAAUAAGUUGAAGUCUUUGGAGGAUGAGUAUGAAAGAAAACUUCAGGAGGAAACAAAAGAAUUAGAGCAGUUGCUGAGUAAAAAAAAUAUAUAUUCUGCUAAAGAAGAGGAAUAUACAAAGAAAAUAAGGGAACUGGGCCCAUUGACAUCAGAUGCAUUUGAGACGUACAAGAGGAGGAACAUCAAAGAAUUGCAUAAAGUGUUGCACAGGUGCAAUGAUCAACUGCAGCAGUUCAGUCAUGUAAACAAGAAAGCGCUUGACCAGUAUAUAAAUUUUACAGAACAACGAGAGGAACUUCAGAAAAGGCAAGCUGAACUUGAUGCAGGAGAUGAGAAAAUUAGAGAGCUAAUAUCUGUACUUGAUCAACGGAAGGAUGAAUCAAUAGAGCGCACUUUCAAAGGUGUUGCUUGGCAUUUUCAAAAAGUGUUUUCUGAACUCGUACCGGGGGGUGAUGGUCUUCUGUUUAUGAUGAAGAAGAAGGAGGGUGGUCACGAUGAUGAUGAGGAUGGUACUCGUGAAGCAAACCCAGAGGGUAGAGUAGAAAAGUACAUUGGAGUGGAAGUGAAGGUUUCUUUUACUGGACAAGGAAAGACACAGUCCAUGAAGCAGUUGUCUGGGGGUCAAAAGACUGUAGUUGCUCUUACACUUAUCUUUGCCAUACAACGAUGUGAUCCUGCUCCGUUUUAUCUAUUUGAUGAGAUUGAUGCGGCUCUGGAUCCACAAUACAGAACUGCUGUUGGAAAUAUGAUCCGCCGUCUGGCAGACUUUUCAACCACACAAUUUAUCACAACAACAUUUUACCCAGAGCUUGUGAAAGUUGCUGACAAGAUCUAUGGAGUAAGGCAUAAAAGCCGGGUUAGCCGUGUUAAUGUUGUAUCCAAGGACGAUGCUCUAGAAUUUAUCGAGCAUGAUCAGAUGCAAAAUGCUGAAUAAGGUGCAUCUGACAUCCGUGAUCUGAUAAAAUUGGUUGGCUGGGAGCAUUGUUUGAUGUCGACCAUGUAAAGUAAAGUAAAUUGCAGACUUUAUUCAUGUAACUUGGAUCUUCACGUUAUACAAUCUCUUAUUACAUUGAUGCCAACGUAGGUCUAAGUAAUCUAGAAUCUCUGCUCAUCCUCUAUUUCUGUAAAUUCAUUAGAGGUUUGCUUAUAUGUUAAUAUCUUUUGCUAACUGUAGUAUCCAUAUCUAUGGGGGGAAUUCUUCCAA